AUGAAAAGGCUCAACCUUGAUCUUGAUCAGGCUGGAAAGGACCGUUUGCUCCAACUCAAUGAGCUAGAAGAAUUGAGAAAUGAUGCCUAUGAUGGUUCAAAAAUCUACAAGGCAUGGACUAAAACAUUUCAUGAUAAACAUAUUGUGAAAAAGUCCUUUGAGGCCUGGCAAAAGGCUUGGUUAUUCAAUUCUAGGCUCAAAUUCUUUCCUAGAAAGCUUCGAACCAAAUGGGAAGGCUCUUAUCUAAUCAUCUUCGUCUCACCUUAUCAGGCAGUUAAACUUCAAAAUCUAAAAGAUGAAGGAACCUUCAAGGUUAAUGGUCAAAGGCUUAAACCAUACAUUGAUGGCCAAGCUCUUCAAAGAAAUGUGGAAUCUGAUCUCUUGGUGGAUCGCAUUUACUUUGAAGAUUGA